AUGAAAGGACUAUCAUCCAUUCAGUGGGGUGCUAGCACACAAGUCCUAGGCAAUACCUACAAGACUGGCAAUGGGAGCUUUUCAGAACAAGCCCUACCACUGAAAUCUUGUCAGAAGCAAAGGAAUUCUCACUCAGCAACAGAAGAGCUACCGAAUAAUCCGGAGUUCUUUACGCGCAACCAACAUCUACUAGCUGAAUACGAAAACCAUCCAAAUUUACUUAGGCCGCUAAGAUUCAGACUGCCAAACUAUCUAAGUCUAAUCAAUUCCUCUCUGUCGCAAUUAUUCAAAAGGUCUCUAAGUCCAAUCCCCUCAUGGGAAGAGUUAAAAACUCUUACAGACUGGACCUUGAAUGAAAAUGUUAAAAACCUAACUUCUCGUGACACCUUCAAGGCUCUCUUCCUAGAGAAUAAAGCCAAGUACCAUGACUACCAGGUCUUUUUCACGGACGGAUCUAAAAAAGAAAACAAACCUAGUUACUCGAUUGUAUCAAACGAAGAGAUCACAGUCAACAGCCUUUCUGACACUUACUCCAUAUUCUCAUGCGAAGCCUUCGCUAUAUUAAAGUUGCUGGAAAAACUAAAUACUCCAGUUGAUUCUAAAAUACUCCAAACCAAUAACACUCAAGUCAUCUUAGCCUGGGUUCCAUCCCACCAAGGUAUCGAGGGAAAUGAAAUUGCGGAUACCGAGGCCAAAAAUGCGUUAAAUAAACCAAUUGAACCGCAAGCUAAGACAUCACUGUCAGACUUUAAAAAGUACAUUCACAGACUUUUCAUGAAGGACUCUGGCCUGGACUCAACUAAUACUAUAAUUGAUGAUACAGCUCUGACAAGAAGAGAUCAGGUUAUCCUAACUAGACUGAAAAUAGGUCACACUAACUUAACUCAUUGCUACCGUCCUGAAAAAAAAGAUCCACCUGUCUGCCCACGCUGUGGAAGCAUACUAUCCGUAAAACAUCUUAUAACUAGUUGCUUACUGUACCAGAGUGAAAGAACACAAGCCAACCUACCAAUGAACCCUGAGGAACUCUUUACUACUGAACAUCGCAGAAAAGUUAUAAAAUUUCUUAAAUUGACUAAGAUAUACAAUAAAAUCUAA